AUGCAAAAUGCUAUCGAAGAAACUUGCAAAGAGUUAAAUGGACGUAAAAUUACUGUUAGUGGAGAUGGUACUUGGCAAACACGUGGCUUUUCUAGUUUACAUGGAAUCGUAGAUAUUUUAACUACAGUGCCCAUUGCUAAACGUUCAUCGGAAAAAAAUGCAAUCGUUGCUCUUCAAGAUUCUUAUACAGAUUUGAUAAAACGUAUUGAUGCUGAAUGUUCAAAUCGUCAAAGAAGUUCAAGUACAAUAAUGAAUAAUGAACACGAUAAAGAUAAUCAAUCAAAAAAGAAACAUUCACAAAAACAACAAACAAUUAAAUUAAAUUCUACAAUCGAUGAUUCUUCACCAGAUCAACAACGAAAACAAACAAUUCACGAUGAGAUUAUUCAUCAUAGUCAAAGUUAA